GUGAGUGUGUGUGUGUGAGAGAGAGAGAGAGAGAGAGAGAGAACGAGAAAAACGGAUGGAAUGAAAAGGCAGUCAGGUUAGCCGUGCGACGGUGGGAGAGGCCAGGGACGAGGCAAGGCAAGCGAUUUAGCUGCUGCUGGUUCGGCGAGCCCACGAGUUGGAGUGCCGUGAGAGUAGCCGAGGUCCUGUUGGCCGUGCCUGCAGCGGGAGAGGCGUCAUGAAAGCGCGCCAGUUGACCGAGUGCACCUCAGCUCGGACGAAAUCGCGUAUUUGUCGUCGUUGAAGCUACCUUGCCUCUCGAUUUCUGCUUUCGUGGCAAGGAUUCGACUCGUGGGCCUGCUGCUCCUGGCUGUCACGAGUUCCCUUCGCUCCGUGUAGUCUCGUUUCACAGUGCGAAAUCUCGUUUUGCUGGUUGCUAGUUCGUUUUCACGCAGCAAGAAUCCGGGAUACGGCGACGGAUGUGUGUCGGUCGACGAUGAAACGUGUUCGAUUUCGUUAUUGCCAAGUCGUGUAUACUCGUUUCGCAGAGAAUUUCACCGUUUAACAGUGUGUGGUGCGUGUUGUGCGCAACGGAUUGAUCACGUAUGUUUUGGUUUACCUCUGACAUCGACGCCCGUCAAGUUGGUGAAGCAGGACAACAGGUUCCUGCCCGACAAAGAAAAGAGGACGUACGUGCGAUGGUUUCCGCGGUUUUCUCGUUUUCGUACGAUAUUCGUUGGAUACCUAUAUCGAACAGUAGUUGUUAUUGACAUAUUGAUUUUGUUGGUACGGUACGCUGGUGUUCUUUGACACGUCGUGAAUCGAGUUGAAUCGGAAAAAAUAUGAAAACUCGUUUAUAUCAAUCGGCAGACACGCCUAUAUCGGACGAAAGUAUAAAACGUUCUUCGAGUUUCACAUUUGAUAACCACUCGACACCGUUCCCUAGCUGGCGUCUUUCACCUUGACGUUGAAACAUCGAACGUACUGCCACGUUUCGGCUGAUAUUCUCAUCAUCGACCGGAAUCGAGAGUGACAACCGUAUGAAAUUAACCAAACGAUUUUGAUUCGUUGUUCCAACGAUCGUAUCUUCGAUUGCAGCGACAUACGGGGAAACGUUUCCCUUCGAAUUUCGAAAAAAUUCCCAUUUUUCAUACGUCUUAACUUAAUUAAUUUCAUUUGGAAAUAGGAUUCGAUUCGAAAUAGAAAAAGUGCGCGAUAAGGAGAGAAACGAAGUCACGCUGGACUGGCUCGAAGAUCGAUUCAAAUUCAUUCGGCGUUCUGUGACGUUCGUUAUUUACAUAAUUGUACGACGUUAACGCAAGCUGUUUGGUAGACGAGAAGGGAAACGCGAUAGCAAAAACAAGCUAAAUAAUUUUAGCGAUUCAUAUUUUCAUAUCGUUAGCAUUUUCUUUUCACAAAGUGAAAUUACCUCGUCGUACAUUCCAUUUACUUUUAAAAGAAAGUAUUCGAUAGAAGAAAGCGUAAAAAUAAACAUGCUGAUUUAAUAAAAAUUCAUAAUCGAAUAAUAGCUUUUGUCGUAAGAAAAAGGAAAGAAAAAGGAAAGAAAAAGGAAAGAAAAAGGAGAAAGAGAGGAAGGAAAAUAUCAAAGUAGAUUACAGGAUAUCGGAGAAAAUUCGUUCGUUUCGAGCGACUAGAUUGCUAGAGAAUAUCGAGACAAUCUCGCGAUUAAUAACGGCGACACCUCAGAUUUUGUAACGCUCGGUUCGUUACGUUGUCGUUGUCUCGGAUGCAGAGGGUAGCAUCCCUCCGGGUCGUUAUUCCAUUGCACGCGCCGAAGGGCUCGGAACGAGAAGCAAUAGGAGCGCGACGAGCAAGAAGAGGAGGAAGAAGAGCAGGAGCAGGAGGAGGAGGAGGAGCAGGAGGAGGAGGAGGAGAAGGAGGAGAAGGAGGAGAAGGAGGAAGAGGAGGAGGAGCAGGAGAAGGAGGAAGAGGAGAAGAAGGAUGAGGCUGAGUGUUAUCUAGUUGGAACUGUUUCACGUUGCACGUUUCUCGAAGAGAAAAGAUGAUAGUGCACGAUCUCGUUAUCGAACGUUACAUGCCUGUCGUCGACGAACGCAUUUAUCCGCGUGGUUCGUGCUAAUUCGAUCGGUCGUUUGAUCGAAACGGCAUGUCGUUGGUGCGAUCGUGGCUCACCGAUUUUCUAACUUGACGUUUCGUUCUCUUGGAUUUGUAAACGAAUCCUACAACUUGCCGAAGUAGGAAGGACAGAGAGGUCGUUGCUGGUUAAUCCGAAGUUAUCUUAUAUAGCGCAUAGAGAACCGCGCAACGAUCGUUGUAAAGCGAACGGUAGAAAAUGUAUGGGAAGUAGCGGAGGCAAGAGGCAAGAGGCAAGAGGCAAGAGGCAAGAGGCAAGAGCCAAGAGACAAGAAAGCCAAGAGGCACGCAUUCGUGACACACGGCGACACGUGGUUAUCGUGUACCGUUUGCCUACCUAUAGCGUGUACAGCGAGCUAGCCGGAACAACGACAGAGGGGCGAGGGCAGAAGGAGAGGAGCGUUCCGGUCAGCCAAACUCGAGUCAGCUUGCCGAUGGAUAUGGCAGCUGUCGUUCCCCUGGUUGUUUCUCCACGAUUCCAUCUCGCUCGACAAGCCUAUCGUCGGCAUCGUGCUACCCGCGAAUCGAGCGAACAGGUAUCGUCGCAAGGUGUUGUCCAGGCCGGGAUACGCGACUCCUCGUGAUAGCAGGUACGCGGCUUGCGAAUCGCGGCAAUCCACAGUGCGUGAUCGAUCGAUCGACAGACACCACACGAGCGUUCCUCGCGCGCAUUCUUAGUGACGGCCAAAGUGUUUGCCGACAGUGUGCGUGAUAUCGUGAGUUUCGGUGAAUCGAUCGUCGCGUGCAAGUAGGCCAGAGGAGAAGAGAAAGGGGGAGAAUACCGUCGAUCGAAAGAAGAAAGCUUCGAACUGCGAACAGAAGAUCGAGAAUCGCGCGUAAUUCUAUAUAUCUUGAUAACCGUGCUGUAUGAUUUCGUCAAGGAUGAAGGACGUGGCCGUCGAUUCUCCGCGACCGAUUUCCAGGCUUCGCGGCAACCUUCUUCUGCUUCUGACGUUACUCGCAGAGGUCACGUAUUCGGCGGAUCUCGCAAUUGAGAUACCAGGAAACUUGAGUCAAGGCGGUUCCUGGUAUCGUUUAGACUACAGUCCUGCCGUUGGUUAUCCGCCACCAAAUACCACCAUAGCCGCUACCGACAUCGGCGAUGUGAUCAAAUUCAAGGAUGGACUUCCUGGCACUAGAUACGAAUUUUGGUUAUACUAUAGCAAUAGCACGCUUCACGAUUGGCUGACAUGGACUGCGUCGAUAACUACAGCCCCGGAUCCGCCAUCGAACCUCACGGUCUCGGUGCGAAAUGGAAAGACGGCGAUAGUUUAUUGGGCGCCACCAGCCCAAGGCAAUUAUUCCGGUUUUCGGUUAAGGGUGCAAAGUUUCAGCGACACCGGAAAUCCAAAAACCAGCGUCAUUCCUGCGGACGCGGUUCCCUAUGUGCUGCGUGAUCUCAUCCCUGGGGCUACGUAUUCUCUUCAGCUUUUCACCGUAUUAGACACCAAAGAAAGCGUGGCGUACACCAGCAGGAAUUUCACCACUAAACCCAACACACCGGGCAAGUUUAUCGUGUGGUUUAGGAACGAGACGACUUUGCUAGUCCUCUGGCAACCGCCCUAUCCUGCUGGCAUUUACACGCAUUACAAAGUUAGUAUAGAUCCCGCUGAUGCCAUAGAAUCCGUUCUUUACGUGGAGAAAGAAGGAGAACCUCCCGGGCCUGCACAGGCUGCUUUCAAAGGACUCGUCCCUGGCAGAGCUUACAAUAUUUCCGUUCAAACGGUGUCGGAGGACGAAACCUCCGCUCCCACGACUGCUCAGUAUCGAACGGUGCCAUUACGUCCCCUCAACGUUACGUUCGACAAGUCUUCCAUAACGUCCACUUCCUUUCGCGUUUUCUGGAAUCGGCCCGAAGGAAACUCCGAAUUCGACAAGUAUCAGAUAUCUUUGGGUGGUAACAGAAGACUAGCGCCGGUUACCAGGAACAGAGACGACGAGAGCAAAUGGGAAUUCAAAGAUUUAGAGCCGGGCAAAACUUACCAGGUGGUUGUGAAGACAGUCUCGGGAAAGGUUACCAGUUGGCCAGCUAACGGAGACGUUACUUUAAAACCGUUGCCCGUGCGGGAUCUUCGCACUGUCAUCGACGAAAAAACCGGCAUGGUCGAAGUUUCUUGGCAUCCUGAAAAUUCAAGUACUCAGGAUAGCUAUAAGCUUCAGUAUCACGAAGUGGAAACUACGAUCGGCGGCGAUAGCAAUAUGUUAACAACUGAUAAGACCAAGGUUACGUUAGAAGCUUUAUUACCCGGCAGAAACUAUUCGAUAAUCGUUCAGGCGAUUAGUAAUAAAAUCGAAUCGAACGAGACUGUGUUAUAUCAAGUCACACGACCCUCGAGUCCCAUAAUCGAGGAUUUGAGGCCAACCGAGAUGGGAUUGAAUAUCUCGUGGAAGAGCGACGUUAAUUCGAGACAGGAGAAAUUUGAAGUAACGCACAAUAGGAACGAUACCGGGGAGAGCGCGACUACGUUAACCACGGAAUCUCAUAUAGUCCUGGAAGACCUUUAUCCUGGUGCAGCGUACGAAGUUAAAGUUUUCGCCAUUAGCCACGGUCUAAGGAGCGAACCACACGAUUAUCUUCAAGCCGUCUUGCCUCACCCACCAAAGAAUUUAAGCAUCGAGAAGGUAACGAGCAACACGGUUGUCGUGCAUUGGGAGGCACCGACCGAUUCGUUGUAUUCCGAAUUUUCGAUACGCUAUCGAACGGAGGAUGAUCCAAGAUGGGUAAAAUUGCCCAGCGUUCGAGAAACGGAAGCGGAAGUGGCGGAUAUGACCCCAGGAGAGAAAUACACGAUUCAAGUGAAUACCGUGAGUUACGGAGUCGAAAGUCUCUAUCCCCUUCAAGUGAAUCAUACAGUUCGACCCAAUCCGGUACUUAACAUCACUCCGAUCAUCGAUUCAACGAACGUGACUCUAGAAUGGCCAAGACCAGAGGGUAGAAUCGAAACUUACGUGAUAAGAUGGUGGCCAGUCGAAAACCCUCAAGAUAUACGUAGCAAAAACGUCACAGAGAGUAACGACGUGACUAGCGUUCUUUUCGAAGAAAAUUCAGUGCAAAGGGUGCUUGUUGGCGAUCUGAUGCCAGGUGUUCAAUAUUCCUUUGUAAUCUACACGGUCUCUUAUAAUCUAUUCAGCGAUAUCACCAAUCUAACAACUAGAACAAUGCCGCUGAUCCAAUCGGAAGUCGUUGUGGUGGUCGAUCAGGAUCAGCCCGACUCGUUAACAUUGAGAUACACACGGACCCCCGUUCAGUCAUCCAAGUUCGAUUUGUAUCGAUUUCGGAUUAGCGACGAGAACAACACGACGAAGGAGCGGAUGGUCGACGACAUCGACACCAAGGUGACGUUCACGGGCCUUAUACCUGGUAAACUGUACAACGUCACAGUUUGGACUGUCAGCGAUAACGUGGAGAGCAGACCUUUGCUUAGGCAGGAUCGACUUUAUCCCGAACCAGUCACGUCCAUUCAAGCAAUAGAGGUGAACGAUACAAGAAUUACGUUAACCUGGGACAUUCCGCGUGGACAGUACGACGCGUUCGAAGUUCAAUAUAUAAACACAGAGGAAAAUUAUAUUCAAAAUGUCACGAGCACGAAUUUAAUAACCAUCUCGGAUUUGAAGCCGCACAGAAAUUAUACUUUUACGUUGGUAGUACGUUCCGGUACGGCGUCCUCUUAUUUGAGAAUAUCGAAUCCCGUGAGCGCAAGUUUUACAACAAGCGAAUCUUAUCCUGGCAAGGUGGAAAAGUUUCAUCCUACGGAUAUUCAGCCUAGCGAUAUUAGUUUCGAGUGGUCGUUACCUAGUCAGGAACAAAAUGGAAUCAUUAGAAAAUAUACGAUCACGUAUGGGCUGGAGGGUUCGGCUCAUACUCAAAUGCAGGACUUCAAGCCAAACGAGUAUCGCGGCAUCGUCAAGUCUCUCAUACCUGGAAAAACGUACAUCUUUCGGAUUCAAGCGCAAACGAGGAUCGGCUUUGGUCCCGAGGCGGUGUGGAAGCAGAAAAUGCCGAUUCUGGCACCGCCGAAACCGUCCACCCAAGUAGUGCCAACCGAAGUGUGCAGGAGCAGUACCACGAUACAAAUACGGUUCCGGAAGAACUAUUUCAGCGAGCAGAAUGGUGCGGUUACGUCUUACACGAUCAUCGUGGCCGAAGAUGACAGCAAGAACGCCUCUGGUUUGGAAAUGCCCAGCUGGAGGGAUGUCCAGGCGUACAGCAUCUGGCCACCGUAUCAGGUGAUGGAACCUUACUAUCCUUUCAAAAACGGCUCCGUGGAGGAUUUCACGAUCGGUAGCGAGAAUUGCGACAACAAGAUUGGAUACUGUAACGGGCCAUUGAAGUCUGGAUCCACGUACAGAGUAAAAGUUCGAGCGUUCACCGCGCCGGACAAAUUCACGGACACCAGUUACAGUUUUCCAAUUCAAACAGGAUUGCUGCUGGCAGAUAAGGACAAUACGGCUAUCAUAGUUGGUGUCACGGUUCCAAUAGUACUCUUAUUGACCUUAUUGGGCAUCGGACUGCUGGUGAGGCGAAGAAGAAGUCAAGGACGUAAAACGACUGAAACGAGGACCACCGACAACUUGUCUUUGCCAGAUAGCGUGAUCGACACUAGUCGGCCAAUUAAGAUAGAAGAUUUUUCGGAACAUUAUCGCACGAUGUCGGCGGAUUCCGACUUCCGUUUUUCGGAAGAAUUCGAAGAACUGAAGCACGUCGGAAGGGACCAACCGUGCACAGCUGCAGAUUUACCGUGCAACAGGCCAAAGAAUCGUUUCACAAAUAUUUUACCUUACGAUCACAGCAGAUUUAAGCUGCAACCUGUGGACGACGAAGAGGGUUCUGAUUAUAUCAACGCCAAUUACGUUCCCGGUCACAAUUCUCCAAGAGAAUUCAUCGUCACACAAGGACCUUUACACUCGACUCGCGACGAUUUCUGGAGAAUGGUGUGGGAAAGUAACAGCAGAGCGAUCGUAAUGUUAACAAGAUGUAUCGAAAAGGGCAGAGAAAAAUGUGAUCACUAUUGGCCUAUGGAUACCCAUCCCGUUUAUUACGGAGACAUUUGCGUCACGAUAUUAAACGAAACGCAUUAUCCCGAUUGGAGUAUCACGGAAUUCAUGUUGUGCAGAGGAGACGUGAAGAGGGUCAUUCAGCACUUCCAUUUCACAACGUGGCCAGACUUCGGUGUUCCAAGUCCGCCUCAAACGUUAGCCAGAUUCGUUCGGGCGUUCAGAGAGAGAGUUAGGCCAGAUCAAAGGCCUAUCGUCGUCCAUUGCAGCGCAGGGGUUGGUCGCAGCGGUACGUUCAUCACCUUGGACAGAAUACUUCAACAGAUUUUGGUAUCGAAGUACGUCGACAUCUUUGGAAUAGUCUGGGCAAUGAGAAAGGAGCGUGUUUGGAUGGUCCAAACGGAACAACAGUACAUUUGUAUACAUCAGUGUCUUCUGGCAGUGCUGGAAGGCCAAGAUAUGACAGGGCCACCACGGGAGAUUCACGACAACCAAGGUUUCGAAGGCAAGAAUCGAAGCUCCGUUGAAAACACAAAGAGUUCUGCUGAGGAUGAAAAGGAAAGGUGACCCUCGAACUGCGAUUCCGGCGUCGAUGACGACGAAGGAAUAGCAGAAUCAGGAAUGUGAAGUUCGGAUACCUCGUCUCAUGCAGGAACACGAGGAUAUUUUAGAGGUAUUUUGAAGAGGUGCAGCGCACCGUACGAAGAAUAGUAUUACGUGUUAUCUAAAGCGUGAAAAUGGUAAUGAAAGCGAGAGUGUAAAAGCGAAGAAUAAUCGUCGACCGGAUGGUUUUCGUUCGGUUCGUUUCGAUCGAUAGUCGAUAGUCGAUAGUUAUGAAAGUUAAUUCGGUAAUACGAUAGCACGAAGCCAUACGAUGCUUGUAAACGUGCUGUAAAGGAGAAAACUGAUUAAUCAG